AUGGGGUAUCAACAAAAUAUUAAUAAAGUUGAUAGCAAAGCUGGGGAUCCAAGUGACCACGGGCCGGCUUCGGCGAGUAAAACCUUGCCUGUCCAUUGUGUGGUGGAAGCCGUUGCGUCGUUGGAGGAAGGUGUUUGGAGGCGAAGGGCAGUUGUUGAAACUGAUAGUUAUGUCAUCAUACCCGCUGCCACCGCCUUCCAUGAGCUCGUCCCAGCGGCCAUGAUGCGACUUGGAUACCCCCACGAGCUAGCUGCUUCUGCGAAAGGUUCUGUGGUAAUUAAUAACUGGAAGCCGUUGCCGUUCGAGCGUAUAUCUGAUGGGCCUUUAGCCACUGUCGGUGAAGUGUUGGGAGAGUUGACGACCGUGGCCACCCUUAGGAUCCAACUGUUACGGCCGAGACCCACACCCUUGCAGGAUAUUAAGGACAAACUCCUGAGACUCCUGCUACUCCAGAGCAGACCCUUGUUGAUGUCCACAGGAUGUCCGUUAGAUGAGCGAGUUCGGUACAGUGAGCUGAGCCAGAUUCCCAAUGUCCCGGCAAUGUUACGUUCUUUAAUACCUGAUUGUAAACCCGACCCGUACACAAUGGCCACCCCUACAAACCCCCCACACCCCCACACCCCCUGUAACGCUAACUCAGAUUUGUCUCCUCGGCGCUACCCAUCUCCGGGUCCUAAAAAUCGAUCCCCUACACUUAACACCAUCCCAGACCAUCUUCACCCAGCACUACAGACCGUUCAAAAUCAAUAUCCAACACAAAAAACUCGAAUGAGAACAAGUUUUGAUCCUGAACUAGAACUACCAAAGUUACAACGUUGGUUUUCUGAAAAUCAACACCCUAGUAGGCAGCAAAUCCAACAAUAUGUCAGAGAGUUAAAUAAUUUAGAAUCAAGACGGGGACGUAAGCCCUUAGACGUCAAUAAUGUCGUUUACUGGUUUAAAAAUGCAAGAGCGGCUCAAAAGCGGGCUGAGUUACGCAAUAUAGGAGGGAUUGGGGGACAUCUUGGUGUAAAUGGCUUUAAUAGCAGAAGUCACAGUCCAUCGAAUGGAUCACUCAUGGCUGGUAAUGAUAACUAUAGUUCUCAUGACCAUAAUUCUUUAAAGAGUCCCAUGCAAUUAUCAGGAAGCCCUGGUAGAUACCCAAUGUCAGUCAUGUCUGAAGACAACCUGUCAAACGCCGGAUCUGAUUUGGAAGACGACGGUGGUGACUUGAAUAAUGAAGAAAGACCAGAGAGUCCGGAUGCUCCACUUUCCCUUAUUACGACAAGAAAAAAUAAUAAUGAGAAUGACAGGGAGGAUGCCCCAAAGGAAUCUCCGAAACCUCCUGAUAUAAUCAAGGUCCAUGAUAUCAAACAAGAGCCAAAGGACUUAAGCAAACAAGAACAAGUGCACUCACCUCAGCGUUCACCAACCAAAAAUAGUGACAGCUCUCACAAUAACAAUAACAACAAUGAAGAUGAAAAUGGAGCCGCCGAAGAUCACGACAUUCCUUCAGAUGAAGAAGUUGUUCAAGAGCGUCAUUACAGACCAUCGUCUCCUCACCUCGACCGUUUACCGUUUCCAAUGGUACCAAAUCAUCCCAUGUUCGGUCACGGUAUUAUGUACAUGAGCCAAUACAUGGGAGGAUUCCCAGGUGUAGGGGGUGUUCCGGGUGAAGGAGCCAGCGGCUUAAAUUUAGCCCUAGCAGGCGCUUCUGAUGAACGCCGCAAACGCAACCGUACCUUCAUAGACCCCGUCUCUGAGGUACCCGUAUUAGAGCAGUGGUUCUCAAUGAACACGCAUCCUUCGCACAAUCUCAUACUCAAAUAUACAGAGGAGUUGAACAGGAUGCCAUAUAGGCAAAAAUUUCCUCGACUGGAAUCCAAAAACGUUCAGUUCUGGUUCAAGAACCGUCGGGCUAAGUGUAAGAGACUGAAGAUGUCUCUUUAUGAGCCGACUUCACCUGGUCAUUACUCUCACCCAGGUCAUCCUCACGCGAUUGCUGAACGAAAAUUGGUGUAA